AUGGCUUGUAAUUUGAUCCCCAAAAGGGCAUAUUGGGUAGCUUUCAUCUAUACAGUUCUUGUUUCACAUGCCUGCAAUGGCUUUUAUCUUUCGGAAAACUACAUGCAUACAUAUUCAACAGGCGAAGAAAUAUAUGCUAAAGUUAAUUCAUUGACCUCUAUUUACAAUGCGCUUCCCUUCAGCUAUUACAGCCUCCCGUACUGCAAACCCCAUAUGGGAAUAAAGAAAAGUGCAGAGAAUCUUGGACAACUCCUCAUGGGAGACCAGAUUCUCAACUCUCCGGACCGUUUUCGUUUGAACGUCAAUGAAUCUGUAUUCCUCUGCACCACAAGCUCAUUAAGUGAGCAUGAGGUAAAGCUAUUGAAACAGAGAACUCGUGAUCUGUAUCAAGUAAAUAUGAUUUUGGAUAAUUUGCCUGCGAUGAGGUUUGCUCAACAAAAUGGAAUUAAGAUUCAAUGGACUGGGUUUCCUGUUGGGUAUGCACUGCCAAAUAGUAAUGAAGAUUACAUCAUCAAUCACCUCAAGUUCAGGGUUUUGGCUCAUGAGUAUGAAGGGGCAGGUGUGAUGAUAAUUGGUACUGGGGAAGAGGGUAUGGGUGUAAUUCCAGAAGCUGAGAAGAAGCAGCCUUCUGGAUAUGAGAUAGCCGGUUUUGAGGUUGUCCCCUGCAGUGUCAAAUAUAACCCCAAAGGAAGAGGGUAUGGGUGUAAUUUCGUCAUGGCUUCUGAAGUAUCUGUGGUCCUUACCUACAUGCAUCUCUGUGCUGAGGAUUGGCAGUGGUGGUGGAAAGCAUGCUAUGCAUCAGGUUCCGUUGCUCUUUAUGCGUUCCUCUUCUCGAUCAAUUACCUGGUUUUUGACCUUAAGGGCUUGAAUGGACCUGCAUUGGCUAUACUUUAUCUUGGGUAUUCAUUGAUCAUGGCCAUUGCGAUCAUGAUAUCUACCAGCACUAUUGGCUUCCUCACAUCGUUGUAUUUUGUCCGGUACCUUUAUUCAUCGGUGGAGAUUGAUUCCAAAGGUAUAUUUGGCAAGUCCCAUGGGCUGGUGCAAGGGAUCAAUCCAACAUUCUGCUUUUGCAAAUUUUGGCUUGCUACACUAUCAUGUCGCACAACAUCAACAGGUUACAGAUUUUAA